AUGGACGUGGACAAAACUGUAAAGCGUCUAGAUACAUGAACUUAGAUAGACGUUAACAAGUUGAUAAGCCAAACUGAAAUAAUUAUUUAUAUUGCACACAAACGGGAGCGGUUUUGUUUCAGUUAUUAUAUACGUGUAUUUCCAUAUGUGAUUAUUUGUAAAGAAAUCUCGCCUUUUUUAACGGCGUAAAUCUGAAUGCGGCGAGGACAAAGUUGGAUCAUGUCAAAAUUCAACUUCUCUUUCAGAAGAUGCGAGCGAAGGGCAUUCAAGAACAUAGCUCAUGGCUUGAUCCCUGCUGCCACCAUUGCUCCCAAGCCUGCUGUUCCCCGCACUCCUCCCCCUCGUAGCCCCAAUUCCUCACCAGAGAGACCCAGGUCUGCUCUUGCGGCUGCCAUAUUGACGUCCUCCUUAACAGGACGCACCUUUGCCAUCCCUCCACCUCGCACCAGGUCCUAUUCUGAGAGCGACUGCUCACACACAGACAGCCACACUGGCUUUGAGCCUUAUGCCAGCACAGCACUUUACACCAGGGAUCGAUGGCCAGAUUCGAUGGCAGGCCGACCUCGUCUGCCUUCUCCACGACCCGGUGAUGAUGACGACAAUGAUGAUGAUGACGAAGAUGAGGAGGAAGAGAUAGAAGCAGUCGUGCAGAGAGAGGAAAGUCCUGUGUACCAGUCUGUAAAGAGACAGGGCAGAGCUCCAAUGCCACUGAAGAAGGACUCCUUUCCGUUAAAACUGGAUGAAGACACUGACAACUCUACGUUUGAGGUCGUCUCUCCUUUAAACACUGAAGAUGAAACCGAGGUGGAUGAACAGACGAGUGUAAAGAAGCCCCCAUUGGCACUACAGACAAGGUCUCCAUCUCACAGAAGCAUGGCAUCUCCAGAUGUGAAUGAAGACCUGUGCACGCAGUCUCAGCCCAGCAGCACUCCGAAGAUAAAGACCUCGAGGAAGAAUAAGAGUCCAGCAAGAGAGAGUGAGAGAGAAAAAUUAGAGGUGAAUGAGGCAUAUCACCGUGCUGUGGAGUUUCAGCAGGAGCUGGUGAAGGAGCUGAGAGAGCUUAGAGAACAAAAUCACACUCUGACUGCACAGAAGGAGGCGCUGGAGAGGACGUGCUCAGAACAGAACCAGCAAAUGCAGCAGCUACACCAGCAACAAUCACACUCGCCCCGAGAGGGAAGGCACUCCAUAGGCAAGAGCUUUGAAUUGUUGAGUUUGAGGCAGCAGGCACAGGAGCUGGUGGAUGAGAAUGAUGGAUUGAAGAUGACAGUGCAUCGGCUAAACGUGGAGCUGAGCCGAUAUCAAGCCCGUUAUAGACCACUCACCAGAGAUGAGUGUCCUCUCAACAGUGGCCUACCAGGGAAAGGACCUGCUCCUCCGUGGCUGCUGGAUAUAAAAUAUUUAUCUCCACUCUUAUUGGCUUAUGAGGACCAACUGACCGAGAGAGACCAGCUCCUCAAGUCCUCUGAGGAGGAUUUAAAGAAGUUGAGAAUGCGCACAGAAGAGGUGAUUCAGGAGAAUGAGAAGCUUCACACAGAGCUCAGCAAGACGAGCAGUGUCAGUAAUAAAGAGUGGAAGCAGUUGCAGGAUCAGGCAAGGUUGGUGUUGGAGGAGAAUCAGGUGCUCAUAGAGCAGCUUGAACUGCAGCAUGAUAAAGCCAAGGAGACACAUACCAAACACACACAAGAAGUGUGUAGGGUGUCAAAACAAGUCAUGUUGUUGGAGGCUGAGAAGCAGAACCUGGAGACUGAGUUAGAGGUAACACAUAAAGAGCUCUCUGUGCUGAAGAUGAAGCUUCAGAAAGCUAGUUCAGCCCUGGAGAACUCGGUCAGCCGUGUUGAGCACACCACCACCAUAGACAAACUCAAAUGGAAGUUGGAAGAAGAGGAGAAGAUGAAGUGUACCGAAGUGGAGGCACUGCGAGAUCGUGUGGCCACUCUGCAGGCUGAGAAAAAGACUCUUCUUUUAGAGAAAAAUGACCUCAAUGCACACAUCAAACACCUGGAGAGCGAGCUCCAGCUGGCACGCCAGGCACACAGAAAGGCUCAGAGGCGUAUCGAUCUUCUGAAGCAGCAGAUUGAAGAUUCGUUAGAGAAGGAGCUCGUAGCCCACAAGUACCUCACCAGCAUUGUGAUGCUUGCAGAGAAAACCACGUACGAGAGAGACCAACUCAUACACAUGGCUUCAUGUCUGGAGAAAGACAAGCAGGGCACCCUUACCCGCAUCCUGGAGGGCACCGUCCGCCUCGGAAAACUUCAGGAAAAGGUCAAGUGACAUACCUCAAGACUGUCCAUGUUUCAGGAGAAAUAUAUGAUCUACUGGCCAUAUUUCUACUGGCCGUAUGGAGCCAGAUGUCCAAAUACAGCAUUAUCCUGAUGCCAGUGGCCAUUAGAGGAGACAAUAUUGACUGUAUUCAUCUUGAAAAGAUCCAUGGUCUAGGGAAAUAGCAAAAAAGGUGUGUCUGUCAUUGGAACACAUACCUUUGGAAACAUCUAUAAACAGGCAGUGGGAACAUGGACAUUUGAUUGGAGAAAUUAGGGAAGCUACUAUUUCGGGAAACUACGUCUUUUAAUAUUGCUCGUCAGUUGUGCAGCUUUUCAUUGCACAUACCUCAUACAGCAGUUUUCUCAUGUCUAACAACACAGGACUUUUUAUGAUAUUUCCAAUUAUCCAAAUAUUAUAGAAGCCACAGUUGACCACAAGAAACAUGAAAUACAUGAAACAUGAAAUUCAAAAAAUUUAAUUGCCCACUUUUAUACCAAGUUGCAUAUUCUGCAUGCAGCCAAUUAAUAAUCAAAUGUCAUUUUAUUUAGUUACAAUUUAUGUUUCCUAAAGAACGUGCAUUUCCUCUUUAUUCUCGAGCUUUUUGACAGCUCUGUGCUUGACCGUUACCACCACAUGAUGACUUAUAAACCACAAUUUUCACUUCAUGCAGAGUGCAUGUUUUAGACAGACUGAUGAACCUUAGUAAAUUGAAAAUUAAUCUUGUGUGUGUGUGUGUGUGUGUGUGUGUGUGUGUGUGUGACUGCGUAUGUGGGACAUUUUUUGGGAGAAACCAGAAGGUCAAGAUGUUUUCCUAAUGAUAGCAUAUCAAAAGUCCUCGACAGUGGAAAAUGUGUUAUAGUUUCCAAAUAUGAAAAUAUUUACACUGAGAAUGAUUUCAACAGGAGGCUGAACACAAUGUCAGUAAAACAAAUGUGUAUGUGUUACCACAGUAUGUGGUAAAUUCUAUACUGUUUCUCUAAGCCCAGCAAAGCUGAUGUACAUCCUCUGUGUGGUCCUGAAGCAAGGCGUCUCUAUGGCAACAGCAGGAGUAGUGGGAAUUGGUUGGCAUGACUGCUGAGACUUCUGUUAGGAUGUAGACUGUAGGCAAGGCUGUGUCUAGUGUGUGUGUGUGUGUGUAAAAACUUAUAAGCAUAAUGGUUAUUUUUAUAUUAUCCUUUCGAGCUGCCCAAUGAUUAAAAUUUGUUCUUGGUCAAAGCCUGAAGCUAUCAUUAGUAAAUUCGUUGUAUCAAAUAUUCAACAUAUGCAGUUCGGCGAUCAAGUGCACUCCGAGACAUCUUUCUGUGCUCUGUAAUUACACGCUAUGUUUUGACAUUGUGCACAUUUUAUUCUUUUUCUUUUCUGUCUUUUUGAGUCUCUCUCGCAGUCUCUUUCUCCCUCCUGUGCUCGAAGGGGCAGAAGUGAUAUGACAAAUUGCAUGUGAUGGAUUGCAAUGACCUUUGAAGAAAAUAAGGGUUUCAUGCAUGAGAAUGGUGAAAGGUGUUUCUGUACAGUAGAUCAAUGAUGCCAGUGGUGAGUAAAAUAAACAACGUUAUAAUAUAGAUGAUGAUAAUAAUAAUAGUCGUCAGCAUCAGCAUUUCUCAGAGCUCUAGCACUGUCAUCUCUCGACUUCUCAAAAGUCCUUAGAGCACACUUGUUAAGAUCAACAACUCAACUUUUACUAAUCAUGCUCUUAAGCACAGCGACUUGGCCGCACACACCAAAAAGAUUACGCACACUACCGCAUCAGGCCUGUGUUGAUUUUGCGACUGCCAGCUUCUGCCAUCUGUGUGUGUACUGUAUUUAUCCAAGGAUUAGAUAUAUCACUUGUCAGAGACUUUAUAGCAAUGAAAGAAAAAAAGAGGCAAGAAAGAUUGUAGAUUGUAGGCCAGAGAAGAAGCAAAGCGGACAAGAGAGACCGAAAAGGCUCACCUUGAAGAUUAUUGUUUCUAAAUUAUUCAGGAUCUAUUCAAAUUUAUGCAGCACCUUGGCCUAAAACAAUGGAAAGGAAAACGUUAAAUAUUUGAUUGUGUAUAUAAAUAUGGCCUUCAAUGGAAUUUUGUGCAGACAUUUUCAAGGUUGCAUUUAGAUGAAGGAGCGUGCAACCAUUUUUAAUGUCGCUGGCAUUCAUUCAUACAUUCAUUCAUUCAGUCAUUCAUUUUAAGAAACGGCUUUAUCCUGAUCUGGAUUCAGAGCCAGCACUGGGCUGAAGACUGGGCAAGAAAUCAAAAAUACAAAAAGACGAAUACAAUGUUAUAUGUAUGAGAAGAUGGCAAGCAUUGACAAAAGAAUGUAUUGGGAGUCUAUUAGCAGUCUAUUAGUUUAUUUCCUAUUUAUUGUAAUUAUCACAUGGAUCACUCCAGUUUACUCUUAAUUUAACAAUAUGACUUCCACACUCAUUACUUGUAGAGAUGCACCGGUGCCAAUAAUUGGUAUCGGCUGAUAAAGGCAAUUUUUCACGCUAUUGACCAAUAGUUUGAAAACAUCAUGAUCAUGGACGAUUAUAUCCUGUCAAUCAAAAGAGGGCGGGAAAACAUCGAUUUCGUGCUGUGUGUAAACAUGAUGUGUCUUGUGUGGAAUGACGACAAAACUGCAGUUUGUAAUCUCUGUAAUCUCUGUACUGAUAAAAAUUUUACACCGGAAGUGAGCAGAGUGAAGCGGGAGUUUCGGCGUCGAGUCUAAUUCCAAUGAUGAAGUAGAAAUGCUUUUGUUUGUGGUGAGUGAAUGUGAGACUAACAGGAGGUUUUUUAGAAUUCAGUCAAUCAAUUCUGUUAAUAUGAUUGAAUAACAUUCAAUAAAUUAAGAAUUCUUACUUUAAUCUUCAGAAUUUAGUUCAUGUGUUAAUGUUAAUUAGAGUAAUGUGUUUUCUGUUUAUGAGACCAGUUACUGUGAGUUACAACUUGUUGAAAUGGAGAGAAUAAAGUUUUUAUUUGCA